UUUGAAAGAACGAAGGUGGUCAACAGUAAUUGAAAUGAGAGCAGCAUCACUUUCACUGCCAUUUCAUAAAUUCCUUUCUAACCCAACACUCAUUGUCAGGUCUGUCACUCACACUCCCUCUGUUCUCCGCACCUCCAUCUCAACUGGUCCCUGCAUCGCCGCCAUUUCUUCCAUAAUUAGGGUUUCGACCAUGUCGGCGGGAGCUGGUUCAGGGGAUAACAACAUCGGCGUCGUCGAAUUCGCCUUAUCUUCUUCAUGUCGCCUCAAGAUUCAGAAGGGUGAUAUCACUCAGUGGUCCGUUGAUGGUUCCUCUGACGCCAUUGUCAAUGCUGCUAAUGAGAGAAUGCUAGGUGGUGGCGGUGUAGAUGGAGCCAUACAUAGAGCUGCAGGUCCAGAACUUAAAGAAGCAUGUUAUAAAGUACCUGAGGAUCGCCCUGGAGUUCGCUGUCCUACUGGAGAAGCGCGGAUCACUCCUGGUUUCAGAUUAGCUGCAUCUCAUGUAAUCCACACUGUUGGGCCCAUAUAUGAUGUUGACAAAAGUCCCGAGGCCUCAUUGAAGAAUGCUUACAGAAAUAGUUUGGUUGUUGCGAAAGAGAAAAAUAUUCAAUACAUUGCCUUCCCUGCCAUAUCUUGUGGUGUUUACGGAUAUCCUUAUGACAAAGCAGCCAGUGUAGCCAUUUCCACAGUUAAAGAAUUUGCCAACGGCUUGAAGGAGGUUUAUUUUGUACUGUUCUCAGAUGACAUCUACGAUGUUUGGUUGGAGAAAGCAAAGGUGCUUGUUGGAAACUAGGGUUAUUCUUCUCAACUUGAGAAAUGUACUUCAGACUGUUGCCAGCAUUGAAGUUGACAUCGAGUUGCUGAGGAAACAUGUAUAAAUAAGCAUUUACAGUAUGACACUAUAUGUAAUACCUUCUGUUGUGAAGUUUAGAUUGCUGUCUAACAAUAUAAUAUAUUCAUUGCCA